AUGGCAGAUACCGCAGUUGCAUCUGAAACACCGGCUCCGGCUACGCCUGCGAAGAAACCGAAAGCGUCAGCGGCCGCCGCCGCCGCUGCGGCCGGCUCGAAGAAACCUAAGGCUAAACCUACUCAUCCCAAGACAGCUGAAAUGGUAAACAACGCCAUCAAAGAGUUGAAGGAGCGCAGCGGUUCAUCGUUACAGGCUAUCAAGAAAUACAUCGCCGCUCAAUAUAAGCAGCCAAGAAACCGUCGUCGGGUGGGUGGUGGUGGUGGUGGUGGUAAGGCAAGUGGUGGUUCCGCCGGAACCGGUAGGGCUGCAGCUUCGUCGGCAUCCGUUAAAUCUAAGAAAGCCGCCGCAACGGCAUCGGCGGUGGCAGCGAAGGGAGGUAAGAAAGGCGGUUCCGUAGCUUCGUCGGCUGCAUCUUCGCCGUCCAAAGCUAAAGCAUCGGCGGCAGCGGCCAGGGAUAAGAAAGCGGCCGCAGCCGCAGCAGCAGCUGCCAAAAAGAAGCCGGCCGCCGCUAAGAAAGGUUCCGCAGCCGCGAACGCCUCUGCCGCAUCCUCCGCGACAGCUUCUAAGGCGAAAGGUGCAGCAUCCAAGGCCAAGAAGAGCGCCAAACCUCCCACUAAGAAACCUAAAGCCCCGAAACCGAAGAAAGCAUCCGCCGGUACCCCGAAAUCGAAACCCGCAGCUAAGAAAGCAGCAGCAGCAGCGAAAAAGUAA